AAGUAUACGGUAACGUUAGAGUGAUUCUAAGCACUACUCGAAAAUUGAAUGCAACUCAGGGAAAGUGCUAGCGUCUUCAUAAUUGGUUGAGUCAAACCCAUAAACAUUUUGAUUGGCUGUUACGAAUUCAAAUACCUGAACACGAUUUUGGUAUAAGAAUAGGUACUUUGCUUUCACCGCAUGUUGUGGUGAAUUGUACCUCACUCACAUACAGUGGAUAAAAAUUUGGAAGUGCUAUAGUGCAUUACGUGAUUGGAUUUAUCUAUUAGUUUCCGUUUUACAUUUUUUAUUUGAUAAAUAAAGAUGACUCUUGUUCAACCUAGUCCCGAACUCCAAAUCAACAUCAGGAAAGAGUUAAAUGAAGAUAUUAAUACAAGAGAAUCCGAUUUAGAGCAUAUCAAGCAAUGGUUGAAGAAGCAACCUCAUUUACCUGACACCUGGGACGAAAGUCGUAUGAUGACCUUCUUGAGAGGCUGUAAGUUUUCUCUAGAAAAAUGCAAAAGGAAGUUAGACAUGUAUUUCACGAUGAGAACAGCAUGUCCAGAAAUAUUUUCCAAUAGAGACAUUUCGAAUCCAGAAUUAAAAUUGGUUAGAGAACUAGGGCACAUACCACCACUUCCAGGUUUAACACCCAAUGGACGAAGAGUGGUAGUAUUGAGAUCUAAAAAAAAUGAUGUAUACGAUUACGACGUGGCGGAUAUUAUGAAAGUAGUUCUCAUGAUCGGAGACGUAAGACUUGCAGCUGAAGAAACUGGCGUAGCUGGUGAUGUUUAUAUUUUGGAUGCCAGUGUUGCUACAGCUUCUCAUUUUUCCAAAAUUAAUCCAGCUUUGAUUAAAAAAUUCUUAGUUAUUAUUCAAGAAGCCUAUCCAGUGAAACUGAAAGAAGUUCAUGUAGUCAAUGUCUCUCCUUUGGUUGACAAAAUCAUCACUUGGAUCAAGCCAUUUUUAAAAGAAAAGAUUAGAGGAAGGAUUCAUGUCCAUAGCAACUUUGAGUCUCUACACAAAUUUAUACCCAAAGAUAUUUUACCUGAAGAAUAUGAAGGUACAGCUGGACCAUUACAAGUUUUUCACGAUCAAUGGAUGGAAAAAUUGAAGGAAUACACUCCCUGGUUCAAAGCUCAAGAAAAUAUUAAGGCGGAUGAAUCAAAAAGACCAGGAAAACCUACUAACUACGAUGAUCUAUUUGGAUUAGAUGGUAGCUUCAAACAACUCACCAUUGAUUAGAAUUCAAUUUGUUAAUAUUUUUUAUGCUGGUUUAAAUUUGUUGAAACCUUGAAACACAUUCCUUUUUUUACUUGAUGUUAUCAUGGGGCAUUGGGUUACGCUUAUAUUAUUUGCAAAAUUUAUAUCUUCAUUAUUUAAGAAGUCAUGAUAAAUUUAUAAAAGGUGGUUUAAAACGUCAUCAAUAAUAAUAUUAUGUCAUAUAGUUAUACUUGGAUCAGUGAAAUAUGGAUAUUUUUAGACAUAUAUGUUUAUUCAACUAUUACACAAUUUUGUAAUUCAAAAUGAUAUACGAUAGAUAUUUUGUCAUGCAUUGGUUGUUAUAACUUUUACGGUGAUGAUAACUGUAGUAUUAGGUCUAAAAAUUGAAGAACAAAGUCAAUCAAGUGUAGCUUUGUUGCUGAUACCAAGGUAAAAUGGAAAUCGGAACAAUUGGAAAAAGUAAGAUAAUCUUCGUAUGAUGUUUAGUGAAACUUUUAUAUGAAUUUAUUUUUUUUUCUUCAAAUGCAAUCCAUUGAAUCAAAAUAAAAAAAAAACAUGUUCACAGCCGUUGGAAAAUCUCUUCAAUUUAUUUGAACUUGAUAUACCAAAUUAUGAAUCAUUUCAAAUUAAAUCAUUAAAUCAUUAUUAUAAUUAUUAUCUAGUAUUAUAUGAUUAUAAUUAUACAAAUUUUAUAAAACUUUCGUAAUAAAUGAAGAAAUAUCA